AAGUAUUUUGUUGUGGCUUGUAGAAAAAAAGGCAGACGAUCAUCAUCUUGUGGAUUAUUUCUUUAAUUUUUCUGAAGAAAAAAUUUUAAACGUUUACUAAAAACCAUGGGAGAAAAACGAAAAGCCAUGGAAGAUGAAAUGUCUCGUUUCGAGGCAGAAAUUUCAAAGCCAGCUGUAGUUGCCAAUCGUAAUAUAUUUGUCCCCAAUCAAGUUCGUCCCAUCAUUGGAUCAAAUACUUACAGUCAAGUACAACAGAAGCUGAAUCAGGCACCAGUUGCACGCACACCAGCUCCACCACCAAUGCCGAUUCCACCAUCGUUUCUUUCCACUUUCGUGCCAACAUCUGCUGAAGCUCAACCCAAAGCAAAUCCGACACCCGUUGUUUUAAGUAGUGCUCCUAAAUUCUACCAAAGUCGACAGUCUGUUAAUAUAUCUCAGGUUGCUGCUGCUCCUCACAUCGACAUAAAUGCAAUUCAAUUCGAUGUAACUCAAAAGUUGAAAAAAUUAAAAGCUGAAAAAUCUGGACCGAAUCCAAUUGCUGAAGAAGCCAUUAAAGCUGCUCGUGCUUCAUCAGCACUACAAUCAUUUCAAACGGAAAAAAAGAAAAAAGAUAGAAAAACAGUUCGAGUUGCUGGUGGACAGAUUUGGGAGGAUUCCUCACUGGCCGAUUGGCCUGACAACGAUUUUAGAAUAUUUUGUGGAGAUUUAGGAAAUGAUGUUAACGAUGAAAUAUUGACACGGAUAUUUAAUAAAUUUCCAUCUUUCCAAAAAGCUCGAGUUAUUCGAGAUAAACGAACUGGUAAAAGUAAAGGUUUUGGAUUCGUUAGCUUCAGAGAACCCGCUGAUUUUAUUCGAGCAAUGAAAGAAAUGGAUGGACGCUAUGUUGGAAGUAGACCAAUUAAACUAAGGAAGAGCACCUGGCGUCAAAGAAGUUUGGAUGUUGUAAAGAAGAAGGAAAAAGAAAAACAAACCUUGCUGCAGUCAUUUCAAAAAUAAUUAAAAAUAAA